AUGUACAGGGGUGAUUUGGGAUUUUGCAGUGUGGAGUGCAGAGACAGGCAGAUUUAUCUGGACGAGACGAAGGAACUAGAAAUCGCGACCCGAGAGAUAUUGUCAACCAGCCGCCGCGACGGCGGUGGCCGCUGUGAGACCCGCCGGCUCUUGGGAGAUUUUCGGACGCGCCGCCGCCCUUUUCCGGCUCAGAAGAGUCCAAUUAUUUUCUUGUAG